AUGAGGGAUGAUCAUAAUAGAGUUUACAAGUCGCUUUCAGAUGUAAUUGAAGGCAAAGAAGGAAGAGUUCGCGAGACUCUGCUUGGUAAACGGGUCGAUUAUUCAGGGCGGUCUGUGAUUGUCGUGGGCCCUUCACUUUCAUUACAUCGAUGUGGAUUGCCUCGCGAAAUAGCAAUAGAACUCUUCCAGGCAUUUGAAAUUCUGGAUGACCAUCCUGUAUUGCUGAAUAGAGCGCCUACUCUGCAUAGAUUAGGCAUACAGGCAUUCCUCCCCGUUUUAGUGGAAGGGCACGCUAUUUGUUUACAUCCAUUAGUUUGUAAGGGCUUCAAUGCAGACUUUGACGGGGAUCAAAUGGCUGUUCAUGUGCCUUUAUCUUUGGAGGCUCAAGCAGAGGCGCGUUUACUUAUGUUUUCUCAUAUGAAUCUUUUGUCUCUUCUCCUCCCGCGAUAA